AUGUCUUCUCCGGAACCUGCGUGCGGUGUUACGAUGUACGAGCAUGAUCCGGAGUUACCAAUCGUGCCCUGUGGAUCUGGUGCACUUCCAACACGAGCUGCAACGGAGCGCGUAGUACGCGCGCCCGAAUCACGCGAAGCCCAACGGGGACGUUCGCACUCCCGAGAGAUCUGUAUGCGCAGCGCCCCUGCAUAUAGCAUGCUCUUUCCGUCUGGCCCGCCCUUCCCUCUUCCAGGUACGCAGACACCACCGCAGGAGGUACAGACCCUUCCGCCUCCGCCGCCUUGCAAGUGCCCGUCGACAGGAAACUGUUCAUCAUCGGCGAGUUGUACUCCAGUUCUAACAUCUUUGCCGUUGGCCUCCGCCACCUGCCCACCUUCGGUAUCUACUUGUCCGCCGGGAUUCGCAUGUCCUCAGCCGUUGAAGCGUUCACCAUCCCACACGCGGGCAUCUGUGUCGGUGUCAUCCUCCCCACAGACACCCCGAGGGCACUAUCCCGGACGUCCCUUACCAGCGACACCACCUGUGUCGCCUUCCCUUACGUGGAUCCUCGACGGACAACCUCACGUACAACUGCACCCGCGGGCUGCAAAUGCUUCUCUAGCGCACGGUCAGAUAUCUCCUUGGGUACGCGUACCUAUGGCGCUGCCUGAAAAGGUGGGAACGCCGCGCCCAUCAUACACCCCGCCUCUCCCAGAGCCUGUUCCGCGGUAUGCACAGCUACCUGAGAAAGCUCCCCGUACACCUCCGAUGCCAGAGGGUACAUCAGAUACUCCUAUGGCAAUCAACACUCCCUGUACACCGCCUAUGCCGGGAGCGUUCUCUCGUACACCCCCCAUCCCGGAAACAUUCCACACACCACCCAUGCCUUCUUCCUUGCUCAACUCUCCCCCUGUACCCGAGGGCCUGCUUAUCGAUCUCAGUGAUGAUGAUCAUAGUCCCGAUAAGCAGACACAGAGCCCGAGCGACGCCCCUACGUCGCCUGAUCUUUUGGAUCUUCUCGAUGAACAACCUGUACCUGCCCACAAAUGCCCAGAUCUCCUCGACUUCGGUGAACCUGAAGAACCAUCUCAAGGUGCUGGAUCCAUAUCUCUUGGAGAAAUCUUGAACGACGGAAAUGCGUCCCCGUCGACUACGAAUACGCUAGCUCCUCUGCGUUUUGAUCUCAUGGAGGAUGAUGCUUAUUUGCAUAACAAGGGACAAGACGACAAUUGCGAGGAAAAUGACAGCGCAAGUGAUGGAGACACUGUCAGUCCCGGCCCGCUGACACCAAGCACUCUGAGUGGAUUUGUUUCUGCGUCUGGGUCAGUCGUGUCUCUUGUGCCCAUGCAAACGAGCGCGGCACAUGCGGAGGCAGACUGUGUAAAAGGAGAAAGUUUCGAAGACGACACGUCAACUCCAGUCCCCAACCGCGACACCAAGGAGUACUUCGCGGGCCCACCGCGUCUGGGGACGCCUCGGCAGCGCCCGUCUCUUACUGCUUGCUGA